UUUAUGAUCCACCUAAUCAAAUUCACCAUUUUCAUAUAAUAAAAAAGUAUCCAAGGACACCAAGGUAGCUUCCUCUCAUAAGAAAGAAAACACGAGUAACGAAGGAUGAUGAAGAAGGAAGCAUAUUCUAUUUCUAUUUCUACACUACACCUACGCGGGUUAUUAAACUCGUCCGACCCCGUCCCUCCCUCUUCAGUCUUCCCCCCUCAGAAGUUCUUGGAGAGGAGAGGUGGACGCACGAAGUUUAAAAAAAAAAAAAAAGCCCUAAUUUCUGCAACCUCCAUGGCUCCUCAUUCCUCGUCACCUUCAACAAUCAUCUCCACGCUCCUCAUCGCCGUCACUUUCGUCCCGAUUUCAUCCUCCCUCCCUUUCAUUGUGCUCCACGGAAUUGGAGAUCAAUGCACCAAUCGAGGAAUUAAACACUUCAUAGAGCAAUUGAGCAACUGGUCAAAAUCUGAUGGAUAUUGCAUAGAAAUUGGAGAUGGCUCAUGGGACUCCUGGUUUAUGCCUCUACAGGAUCAGGCUGAAGAAGUUUGUGACAAGGUGAAGAAAAUGAAAGAACUCAGGGAUGGCUACAACAUAGUUGGUCUUUCCCAGGGUAAUGUAAUAGGCCGAGGUGUAGUAGAGUUUUGUGAAGGAGGGCCCCCUGUCAAGAAUUUUGUCUCAUUAGGAGGACCUCACGCUGGAACCGCUUCUGUUCCUCUUUGUGGUUCUGGCCUCUUUUGCAUUUUGGUUGAUAACCUAAUCAAAUCAGAGAUCUACAGUGACUAUAUCCAAGCUCACUUGGCACCCAGUGGUUAUCUCAAACUACCAAAUAAUAUUCCUGCAUAUUUAGAGAAAUGUAGAUUUCUCCCAAAGCUAAACAACGAACUCCCUGAUGAGAGAAAUGCCACUUACAAGGAACGGUUCACUAGCUUACAGAACCUGGUGCUUAUUAUGUUUGAACAUGACACUGUUCUGAUUCCGAAAGAAACCGCCUGGUUUGGAUAUUAUCCAGAGGGGGCCUUUGAUCCGGUUCUGCCUCCACAACAGACUAAACUGUAUUUAGAAGACUGGAUUGGUUUGAAAAGCUUGGACGAUGCCGGGAGGGUCAAGUACGUCAGUGUACCAGGAAAUCAUCUUGGAAUCUCAAGCAGUAAUGCCCAAAAGUACAUUGUUCCUUACUUGGAGGAUAAUACAUCAGAGAAGUACAGCCAUAGAAAGUUUGGUGACUCUGGGGUUCCCCGAGUCUCACGGCAUUACAAGGAAAAGCAACAUAUUCAUCAGAUAUAUGACAAAGAAUCCGCGAAAAUGGCAAUCGAUGGGUCAUCUCACAGCUGGCCAGCAUCGGUUUCGAGUUAUUUUGGAGAACUACUUGGGUUUGCUGAUGACAAGUGAUCUCCACACUUUUGAUACAGAGAUGGCUACAAUAAAGUUAGAACUCCACGGCCAGAAUAGAUUGUACAAUACGUAGAAGGUUGGCCUCGCAAUAUAGUAGCAUAAUCCUGUGGCGAUGUUUGUGUCAUUGGAUUGCUUUUCAAGCGGACAAGUAUUUCAAAGGAUUGUUGUUUAUAUCAAAAGAUAUUUAUAUUUCAUGUUGUGAAGCACAAGAAAAACAAAA